AUGGAGGGGUUGGCGGUUCAACUCCCACGCUUCCUCCCGUUGCCGCUUCCAAAACAUGCCGUACCGUUUCCUACUUCCAGUUCCACCUCCACCGGAUUUAUUUCUCUCAAAAAACUACACCUAUCUCCACGUCGUCGUUUCCCAUUUUGUACACCAUCAUCGCAUUCCCAGCCUCAAGCCGAACAACUCACCGUGCCUGCAGCUGCUGUCAGUGGAGAUUCCAUACGCCAAAGAUUUCUGGAUUUUUAUGCUUCCCGUGGUCACAAGGUCCUUCCUAGUGCUUCUCUAGUCCCAGAUGACCCCACUGUUCUCCUCACUAUCGCUGGAAUGCUUCAAUUCAAACCCAUCUUUCUCGGAAAGCUUCCUAGACAAGUCCCUCGUGCUACUACCGCACAAAGGUGCAUUCGUACUAAUGAUAUCAACAACGUUGGCCAAACCUCACGACAUCAUACCUUCUUUGAGAUGCUCGGUAACUUCAGCUUUGGUGAUUACUUUAAAACACAAGCUAUUCAAUGGGCAUGGGACCUAUCUACCAUUGAGUUUGCUCUGCCUCCAGAGAGAUUAUGGAUUAGUGUUUAUCAACAUGAUGAUGAAACUUUCCAGUUUUGGUCUCAACAGAUUGGUGUCCCCGUUAAGCGAAUAAAGAGGUUGGGUGAAGAUGACAAUUUUUGGACCAGUGGAGCCACAGGUCCCUGUGGUCCAUGCUCUGAAAUUUAUUAUGAUUUCCAUCCUGACAGGGGAUAUGACGAUGUCGAUCUUAAUGAUGAUACACGGUUUAUAGAGUUCUACAAUCUAGUAUUCAUGCAAUACAACAAAAAAGACGAUGGUUCUCUUGAACCACUAAAGCAAAUGAACAUAGAUACUGGCCUCGGUCUCGAGCGCAUGGCUCGCAUUCUUCAAAAGGUUCCAAACAACUAUGAAACUGACUUGAUUCUCCCCAUUAUAGAGAAGGCAUCUGAAUUAGCAAAUGUUUCAUAUGGAAUUUCUGAUGAUCAGACCAAGAGGUAUCUAAAAAUUGUAGGAGACCACAUGCGUGCAAUUGUGUUUCUCAUCUCUGACGGUGUUGUCCCAUCAAAUGUUGGGAGAGGUUAUGUUGUUCGACGACUUAUCAGAAGGGUUGUUCGCACAAGCAGGUUGCUUGGUAUAAAAGGUGACGGUAGAGGAGACCUUGAAGGAGCGUUUUUACCUAUUAUUGCCGAGAAAGUAGUAGAAUUAAGUACGCACAUUGAUGCUGAUGUGAAGAACAGAGCACCCCGUAUCCUUGAGGAGUUGAAGAGAGAAGAGCUUCGAUUUGUUCAGACGCUUGAGAGAGGAGAAAAGUUGCUUGAGGAGAAACUUGCUGAUGCUAUAUCAAGUGCUGAAAGAAAUGGAACUGUACCUUGCUUGGCUGGUGAAGAUGUGUUUAUUUUGUAUGAUACUUAUGGUUUCCCAAUGGAAAUAACAAAAGAAGUGGCUGAAGAACGUGGUGUGAGUAUUGACAUGAAUGGUUUUGAUAUUGAGAUGGAGAAGCAAAGGCGGCAGUCUCAAGCCGCACACAAUACUGUCAACCUUGCCAUUGGAAGUGGGACAAGUAUUGCAGACAAUGUACCUGACACUGAAUUUAUUGGAUAUGAUAGUCUUUAUUGUAAAGCAAUCAUAGCAAGCCUAGUGGAGGACAAAUUGGAGAUCAUGGUUUUCUAUAUAUUUCAGAGGGGCACAGUCCAUAAGGGUGUUGUAGAGGUUGGCAAAGAAGUGGAGGCAACAGUAAAUGUUAAGUUGAGGCAACGAGCUCAGGUUCAUCAUACUGCUACUCAUUUACUACAAGCUGCACUUAAAAAAGUCAUUGGUCAGGAGACCUCUCAAGCUGGUUCUUUGGUGGCUUUUGAUCGUCUCAGGUUUGAUUUCAACUUCCACCGUCCACUUCUUGACAGCGAGCUUGUAGAAAUUGAAGUGCUAAUCAACGGAUGGGUUGAGGAUGCGAUUCUCCUUCAGACCAAAGUGAUGCCCAUUGCUGAAGCAAAAAGAGAAGGAGCAAUUGCAAUGUUUGGAGAAAAGUAUGGUGAAGAGGUACGUGUUGUGGAUGUUCCUGGAGUAUCGAUGGAACUUUGUGGUGGAACUCAUGUCAGUAAUACCUCUGAAAUUCGUGGGUUUAAAAUAAUUUCAGAGCAGGGUAUUGCAUCUGGUGUCAGGCGCAUAGAAGCUGUAGCCGGGGAAGCUUUUAUUGAAUAUGUCAAUGCCCGGGAUUCUUAUCUGAAACAGUUAUGUUCAACUCUCAAAGUGAAACCUGAAGAAGUAACUGCAAGGAUAGAAAACCUUUUAGAGGAGUUACGGGCAGCAAGAAAUGAAAACUCGGCUGUGCGUGCAAAAGCAGCAGUCUACAAAGCUUCAGUUAUUGCAAGCAGAGCGUUUCUGGUGGGGAAUUCAAAGCAGUACAGGAUACUAGUUGAGUGCUUGGAUGAAGUUGAUGCGGAAUCACUUAAAAGUGCGGCUGAAUAUUUAAUGGAAACAUUAGCAGAUCCAGCUGCUAUUGUCCUGGGGUCAUGUCCAGGUGAAGGGAAGGUUAGUCUAGUGGCUGCUUUUACUCCAGGGGUGGUUGACCAGGGGAUUCAAGCAGGUAAAUUUAUCGGACAAAUAGCAAAAUUGUGCGGUGGCGGAGGAGGUGGAAGGCCCAAUUUUGCUCAGGCUGGUGGGAGGAAGCCUGAAAAUUUGGCUGCUGCCCUGGAGAAGGCUAAAUCAGAGCUUAUAGCUAAUCUUAGUGAAAAAGGGAAGUGA